CGAACAACUUCUCGGUUCGUGUGACCUCGGUGACAUGCGUCCCACACACCUGCUGGCCAAAAUGCAGGAGCUGUCAAUGGGAUUGAACGUCAACCCCGAAUUGCUGAAGAUGCUGUUUCUCCAGAGGAUGCCGGCGAACGUCAAAGCGAUACUUGCCAUCAGCGACGGGAGUUUGACCAAGUUAGCGGAGAUGGCGGACAAGAUGCUGGAGUCGGCGUUGAACGUUGCCGCUGUUGCUGCGAAUCCCGGUCCAAGCAGACAAGCCGUAUCAACAGCUGCGCACUCGGAGGAUAUGUCAACAGACGAUUUGCGCGAACAAGUUGCUUUCCUGACGGCGGAGGUUCGGAGGAUGCGGACAAGAUCAACUUCGAGGGGCCGAUCUGUAUCGAGGUCCGGGCGUUCUGCGGAGGAGAUCUGUUGGUACCACAAGAAGUAUGGUACUCGGGCCACAAGGUGCCGAGAGCCGUGUCAGUUUUCAAAAAAACUGAGUGAUCGUCCACCUGUUUCGGCGGAGGUGGGCGGCCUAUCGCGAAGUCGCCGUCUUCUGAUCUACGAUCGUUCGAGCAAAACAAAAUAUUUGAUCGACACGGGGUCGGACGUGUCAAUCGUUCCGGCUCAAAUGUCAGACAAACGAAACCCAACAUCUGACAUCCAGCUUCACGCCGCAAAUGGAAGCAACAUCAAGGUCUACGGCUCUCGCUGCGUAAACACCGACCUUGGCCUUCGAAGGAAGUUCUGCUGGAAUUUCCUGAUUGCGAAUGUGGGGAUGGCAAUAAUUGGCGCCGACUUCCUCGCAAACUUCGGUCUUCUCGUCGAUUUGAAGAACCAUCGCCUCACCGACGGAAAAACAGGACUGCAGUCAUCGGCCGGAUUGACAUCUGCGGCUGUUUUCGGCGUGACUACGGUUGGGUUCGACCAUCCGUUCCGAGACCUUCUGCAGGAAUUCCGGGUUAUCACCGUCCUGAACUCGAUGCAAACAGCUGCAAAGCACGACGUCAAGCAUAUCAUCGAAACAAAAGGUCCCCCCGUUGCAUUCAAGGUUCGUCGCUUGGCACCGGACAAGGUCGACGCAGCUAGAGCGGAGUUCAAGGUUAUGUGCGAUCUUGGAAUAGCGCGUCCUUCAUCGAGCAGCUGGGCAAGUCCUCUACAUUGUGUCCCCAAGAAGGACGGACAGUGGCGUUUUGUGGGUGACUAUCGCGCGCUCAAUAAGGGAAAGUCCAUUUUUACAACGUUGGACAUGAUUCGCGCCUACCACCAAAUCCCUGUGAACGAGGAGGAUAUAGAGAAAACGGCCGUAAUCACACCGUUCGGCCUUUACGAGUUCCCCAGGAUGCAGUUCGGCCUAUGCAACGCGGGGCAGACCUAUCAGCGGUUCAUGCAUAAGGUGCUCGGCGACCUGGACUUCGUCGUCGUUUACAUGGACGAUAUCUGUAUUGCAUCUGCCACCGCGGCGGAGCACAAGCAGCACGUGCGGAAGGUUUUCGAGCGCCUACGAGAUUUCGGAUUGGUCAUUAACAUGGCCAAAAGCAAGUUCGCUCGGGAUCAAGUUGAGUUUCUCGGCUACGUCGUCAGCCACGAAGGUGUUCUGCCGCUUCCGGAUCGUGUGAAAGCUGUGAGCGAUUUCCCGGAACCAGCGACGGUGAAAGAUCUGCGGCGGUUUUUAGCGCUCUUGAACAGCUAUAAGCGAUUCAUCCCACAUGCUACUGAUAUCCAGCUUGCGUUGCGAAACCUCAUCCCCGGGAACAAGAAAAACGAUACCCGAAAGCUCGUUUGGACGGAGGCAGCCCGAUCAGCCUUCCGGGAGUGUAAGCGGUCUCUUUCGGAAGCCACGUUGCUGCACUAUCCGGAUUCCAGAAAACCGCUGGCAUUAAUGGUGGACGCUUCUAACACGGCGGCGGGGGCAGCUCUGCAACAGCUGGAUGGAAUACUCAACGUUCGGCCGUUGCUAGCAGCUAAGAGAGCGGUCGAGUAUUUUCGAUACAUGGUCGAAGGCAGGAAAUUCGUGAUUUUCACCGAUCACAAGCCGUUGACAUUCGCGAUGGCUUCGAAUUCCAACAGCCGCCUUCCACACGAGCAGCGCUAUCUGAAGUACAUUUCGUGCUUUACGACCGACAUUCGACACAUCAGCGGUAGGAACAACGUUGUGGCUGAUGCACUGUCGCGGGUUGCGACAAUUUCGAUGCCUUGUCCGAUUGACUACGAGCAGAUGGCGGUGGACCAGGCUGCCGACGACGAACUGCAGCAGCUGUUGACUUCGGGCACGUCGUUGAAGCUGGUGCUGAAAGAAACCUCGCUUGCUACCAAGCCACUCUACUGUGACGUCUCCGUGGACGCACGUUUCCGACACAUACACGUGGACUUAGUCGGACCCUUACCCCCAUCGAACGGUCAACGGUACCUGCUCACCAUCGUCGACAGGUUCACACGAUGGCCCGAAGCUGUUCCACUAGCCGACAUGACCGCCGAAACCGUCGCGCGGGCAAUUUGCUCGUCUUGGAUAGCACGAUUUGGGGUGCCGGAGCAGAUCACAAUGGACCAAGUGAGACAAUUCGAGUCGCAGUUGUUCCGUGAACUGGCGAUGCUAACGGGUUCCAAGCACACGCGGACGACGGCCUAUCAUCCCCAGGCCAACGGAUUGGUGGAACGGUUCCACAGGACGCUAAAGGCUGCAAUCAUGGCAGUUGAUUCUGCUCACUGGGUGGACCGGCUGCCCAUCAUUCUGCUGGGACUGCGUUCUGCGCUGCGGGAGGACCUCGGCUGUUCGGUCGCCGACCUAGUCUACGGCCAGCCAUUGCGACUUCCCGGUGAAUACUUCGAACCUGCUACAACCGGAACUCUGCAGUCGGACUUCGUGAAGCAGUUGCAGCGCGCAGUUGGGCAACUGAAGCCGCAGAAACUUCCAGGCGACCUAUCGAUCGUCAAACCACCAAACUCCCGCCGAUGGUGGAACAAAGUGGCAACCAACCAGCAGCAGGCCAGACCUCGGCCUCGAAGCAUCUCCCGGGUUCGAAAACGACGGGAUCGACCACCAACACAACGGCACACCGUGAAGGGCUUUCUGGUGGCGGCCAUGUAUUGGUGCUAA